AUGGGUGGGUACAAAGUGCCAGAAACCCGAGCAAUACAAAGGGGCAAACGUCUGGAGAACUUGGUAAAAAAAGAGGUAGAGGUUGAACUUGAUGUGAAGAUAAAGGACUGUGGCUUCGUGCUGGUAUCUGGCAUUAUAGGGGCUUCACCAGAUGGAAUCACUGACAACUAUGUUGUUGAAGUAAAAUGUCCAUCAAAGGAAUCUUCAAUAAAAAAACUAUGUAAACGAUAA